CUCUGUGUUUUGCUGCUCCCCCCAAGACAAGCGUCAGAUGGUGCACAAUAUCCUUAGCAGAAGAGAACAAAUGCCAUAGCCUAAGGGACCUCAUGCAACAAGAGGGUGUUUCAUUGACUUGCCUGCAGAAACCAACGUACCUCGACUGCAUAAAAGCCAUAUCGAAUAAUGAAGCAGAUGCCAUUAGCUUGGAUGGUGGUCAAGUUUUUGAGGCAGGCCUUGCCCCGUACAAGCUGAAGCCCAUUGCUGCUGAGGUCUACGAACAAAGUGGAGGUUCCACAACCAGCUACUACGCCGUGGCUGUCGUGAAGAAAGGAACGGACUUCACAAUAAAAAACUUGCGGGGCAAGACCUCCUGCCACACAGGCCUGGGCAGGUCUGCCGGAUGGAACAUCCCCAUUGGGACGCUCCUCCACCGGGAAGACAUCAAGUGGGAUGGCAAAGACUCAGCCUCCAUCGAGCAAGCGGUGGCCAAUUUUUUCUCUGCCAGCUGUGUGCCUGGUGCCACCACCGAACAAAAACUGUGCCGUCAGUGCAAGGGGGACUCCAAAACCAAAUGCUCCCGCACAGCACCUUAUUCUGGAUAUUCUGGGGCUUUUCACUGUCUGAAAGACGGAAAAGGGGACGUGGCCUUUGUGAAACACACAACUGUUCAAGAAAAUGCCCCGGAGGAGAAGGAUGAGUACGAACUGCUGUGUCUGGAUGGCAGCCGCCAGUCCGUGGACAACUACAAAGCCUGUCACUGGGCCAGGGUGCCUGCUCACGCUGUUGUGGCUCGAGACGAUAGCAAGGUUGAUGACAUCUGGAGCUUCCUCUCAAAAGCACAGGAAAAGUUUGGCGUGGGCACAACCAGCACCUUCCAGCUCUUCGGGCCACCUGGCAAGAAGGACCCAAGCCUGAAAGACUUGCUUUUCAAAGACUCCGCUAUACAGCUGAAGCGUAUCCCACCACUGAUGGAUUCCCAGCUCUACCUGGGCUUUGAGUAUUACAGUGCCAUCCAGAGCCUUCAGAAAGACCAGUUGAACUCCAACCGCAGAGAAAACAAGACACGGUGGUGCGCAGUCGGCAAGAAUGAGAAGAGCAAGUGUGACCUCUGGAGUGUGGUGAGCAACGGGGAGGUGGAGUGCACCGUGGCCGAAAACACCAGGGACUGCAUUAUCAAGAUCAUGAAGGGGGAAGCAGAUGCCAUCAGCUUAGACGGAGGUUUCGUCUACACCGCUGGCGUGUGUGGCUUGGUGCCAGUGAUGGGAGAAAGCUACGAGG